AUGGAAAAAUACAAUUAUAGCACAUAUCCAUAUACUGGUCUGUGUAUAUAUUACAAACCAGUCACUUUUAUUUAUUAGUUUGUAUAAAUAUUGUUAACUUAAUGAAAAGUUGAGCAUGAAAUGAUUCCCAGCAAGAUUAAGAGUAACUAAGGAGCUAAUGGAUGAAGAAGAUGGUUUACAAAAUCCAGAACGAGAUGGAGAGGAGUCUUCUUCACUCCGUACAGAAAUAGUUCAUUUCCUGGAGGAGGAUGGAAGUGGAAAUCACUUCAUUGUAGGUCCAGGGGUAUUCCGUAUUUGUGGGACAUCUUCAACUUUUGAUGAUGGAUCAAAAACAACAUUAGAAAACGACAUCAAAGUUAUAUCAAAUGAAGUAGAAAAUUUGAUAUCAAGUACAGUAAAGCUAAGUAGUAGACAAGGUGACACAAGUGAUUCACAUGAUGAACAAGGCAACUCUUUUAACUCUUUACCAAGGGAGAUAAUUUUGAAGAUUUUUAGCUUUUUUUCCUCAUUGGAGCUUUGUGUCUGUGUGAUACCAGUUUGUAAGCAAUGGUAUGAUGUAGGUCAUGACCCAAGCCUAUGGAAAGAGCUAGACUUCAGUCGGCAUUGUGAGCUCCCAUCCACCGUCUUAUGUAGGACAAUUUCCAGAGCAACCUCACUCAAAAAAUUAAACUUGAUGGGAAGGCUGGAUCUAAGCACAGCGGAGGUGGCAGUCUUCUCACAGUACAUACCACUCCUGGAAUCCCUCAAUCUGGGGUUCUCUACUGGUGUUAACAGGACAGUGAUUGAGUACUUUGUGAGGAACUGCCCCCGACUUACAGAGCUCAACGUGGAGGGAUGUCACACAGUAGAUGACAGUGUCACAGCAGCCUUGCCCCAUGGGGAGAGGCUUCGGAGUUAUAACUUCUCUCACUGUAACCUGACAGAUGACAGCAUUGUCUUACUAUCCUCUGCAGUGAAGAGAAUUGUGUCCCUCAAUAUUGAUGGAAUAUCCUGGAUUUCUGACAGUGCUGUAGUUACCUUAGUAGACAAUCAACAUCAGAAUCUACAGGAACUGGUGCUAGAUGGAGCUGAGCUUUCUGAUAGAAGUUUUCACCACAUUGCCAGGUGUGCCAAACUCAAGAAACUCCAGGUGUCCUUCUGUGAGGGGUUAACUGACCAGUCUCUCAGAUAUGUACAGACUCUACAGAACCUGGUUUACCUGAGGAUGAGGAAAGGUGUGUACUUUACAACAGAAGGCCUGCUAUCUCUGUUUACCUGUAAAUCCAUGUCUCACCUGGUCGAGCUCGACUUCUCGGAGAGUACGCAGUUUGUCAAUGACUGCGUCAUCCAGAUGACCAAAUGUUGUGGUCAAUCUCUCCAGAAUUUGGCCCUGUCCUGGUGUUGGGACAUCACAGACCCAGGGGUCAUCUCUAUUGUCGACCAUUGCAAGAAUUUAGAGGUUCUUGACAUUAUUGGUUUACAUAAGAUUACAGGGACGUACUUCAUACGAGUCCCUGAGGAAAUGCCGAGACUUCGCCUCCUGAACCUACAGCAGUGCAAUAGGAUAAUUGAUGAAUUAAUUGAGGAUGUAGUAAGAAAAAAGCCUGAUUUGACAGUGUUUAAUUACUAUGGAGAACAGUUUGUACAUGUGAAGGGAUGACGUUUACACUCAUAGAAUAAGAUCUGGAGGUGAUGAAACAAACUUCAGUACAGAGACUAUAGGUAGUGAUCAACAGACAGAAAAUGGAAUGUAUUAUUUACACAAGAAUAUCAAAUAUUACUGUCCAUCUUAGAUCUGAAAACCAUGAAAUGAAGAGGAAAAGAACUCUCUCGGGAAUUUUGUUGAGACCUCUAGUAUUGCUGGUUAUCAAAAUUUUAGGAGAGAAAUGGAUUCUUAGGUUGUUAUCUAUUGUUCUAUAAAAUGUGAGUUAAAUGUUAUUUAUGCAUACUGCUUUCUUUACCUUUACUUUGGGGUCGGAGUGGGGAACACAUCUUGAUUAAAAUACCAUGUCUUUCAUUGAUCUAAUGAUAUACACACUUUAACAGAAAUCAUUUCUCUGAAUGUCAUGUUUCAUUUUAUAUAUUAUGUGUGAGGAAUUAUUGAAAUAGACAAACAUAAAUAAACAUUACAC